GCUGCGUGAGUGCGUGGUGUUGUGCGAGUCAGAGAGAGAGGGGGAGACUGGGAGAGGAACGGAGAGAAUUGUGGAUCUGUCAAUUUGCAGGGGAGUGAAAUUGGAUCCCAAGGACAAGGGGCAGAAGGUUGCAGAGCUGCAGCCAGCAGGGGGGAAGGGAAGAGGAGAUCAUGGGGUCUGGGAUUGGAGCAUUACUGGUGCUUGCUGCAGCAUGUCUAGCGUCUGCGCCGCCCUACAUUUCGGCUUCUUCCCGCAAAUUCGAUUUGAGUAUGACAGGACGAAAUUUAGAGAACUCUACAGAUGGCUCCUCUGCAACGUUACAUUUUGGUUUUGAUUCUUCAAAAUCGAUGCGACUGUCUUGGCAUCCAAGGGUCUUCUUGUAUGAAGGUUUUCUUUCUGACAUGGAGUGCGACCACUUGAUAUCUAUGGCACAUGGUAAGAAGCAAUCAUCAUUAGUUGUUGGUGGCAGUGCUGGAAAUAAUUCCCAGGGUGCAAGCAUCGAAGUGUUCAUGGCUCAUAGCAAAGACACAAUUGUUUCAACAAUUGAAGAUAGGAUAUCAGUAUGGAGCUUUCUUCCAAAAGAUUUUGGAGAGAGUAUGCAGAUUUUGAAGUAUGAGGUGAACAAAAGUGACUAUAACAACUAUGAAUCUCAAUCAAGCAGUGGCCAUGAUAGGCUUGUGACAGUUUUGAUGUAUCUUUCUGAUGUCAAGAGAGGUGGUGAAACUGCCUUCCCCAGAUCUGAGCUUAAGGGCACCAAAGUUGAGCUAGCGGCGCCUUCUGAAUGUGCUGGUUAUGCUGUACAACCUGUCAGGGGGAAUGCAAUUUUGCUAUUCAAUUUAAAGCCUGAUGGAGUAAUAGACAAGGAUAGCCAAUAUGAGAUGUGUUCUGUCCUCGAAGGUGAGGAAUGGCUGGCCAUAAAACAUAUCCAUUUGAGAAAGAUUGAUACUCCAAAAUCUUCAUUAGUGUCCGAGGAUGAGUGCACAGAUGAAGACGAUAGAUGUGUCAGUUGGGCUGCUGGUGGGGAAUGUGACAGGAAUCCGAUAUUUAUGAUAGGAACUCCAGACUACUAUGGGAGUUGUCGUAAGAGCUGCCGUGUGUGCUGAGUGUUUCAAGAUUUUCCUAGGUAGAAACAUGAUUGUUGUAGGCAGAGAAUGGCUCAACAAAGUUACAUGGUGCUAGAUUAUCAGCAAAUGUAGUUUGGAACUCAACCAAACAAUACACCUUUGUCUGGAUGUUUAAUAGUCAGGCAUUGUGGAAUAAUGCAGUUCUUGAUUCAGAGUUACAUGUGAGCAGGGUUAUCUGAUUCA